AUGAGCUGUGCUCAAUCUGGAACGGAUGGACCUUUUGACGUGAAGAUCGAUGGUGAUAAAAUCGAUGUGGAUGAAGUUUGUCCCUUCUCGGAUGAUCGGCAAGAAGACGAAGGCGACCAGUCGAAUCAGACUUUAGUGGAGCUACCAGACAGCCCACGUAGCUAUCUCCAACAUUUCCUGCAGCAAGCCGCUUCGAAUUCUGAAGUUAUUGAGGAGGCUCAGCUCAAGGACACAAUUCACUCCGCCAGCUCGUCCUCUGUCAGUCAUCGUGCAUGGACCGGACGCCUCUACCAGGAGAUAUGUGAGCAACUCCGGCAAAUUCAGUCGACCAAAGGUUACACUACGGAAGGUACUACCGAUUCUAUCAACCAGAUUCAGUCAGGCCUGUCCCGGGUGCAUUCUCAUCCCUCAAUAGAAGCAAAGCACACACCUUCGGAACGGCGGUGUGUCUCCGUUGCGAGUGAGGAUUGUCCCGAAGCUCAGUUCAUGGAUCCCUUAGAGAGAUUAAGUACUUUGCAUGCAGAGCAAAGGAGGGCCUUCAAGUUGCAAAGACGGGAGGAACGCUUGAGGCGCUUGAGGGGUCUUGGUUGA